CUCGCCGUUCUCCGCCUACACUGUCCAGAUAUAUGUAUUGUUACAAAUAAUUAAAAACGCCGACAAUUUUGAAUGUUUACAAAGGCGCGCCAAAAAGCAUGAAGCAGAAGCAGAAAGGCCAACUGUCGACUUCGCCAUGCUCCGGUCUCUCUUGCCAUCCACUCACAGUUACAGGCGCAGGCCUGUUACCUGCAACUCAACCCUUGCUUUUACUUCACUUUUUACCCCAAAGCCCACCAACCAACUACUCGGCAAACCCCAAAACCUCAAUUCCCACGUCAACCCAUCUCUUCCUUCUCCAAUCCAAUUGGAACACUUGCUUAACCUCUACAAAUUAUCUCAAUCUCAGCCCUCCUCCCCGCCCUUUUCACCUUCAAAUUUCGAGCUAUACGAAUCUUUGGUUACCCGGUACCGCGAUUCUCUUAGCUUAACCGAUGCAAAAGAGUUUCAUUUGCAGGUUUUCAAGUAUGGGUUUGAUGGAGAUUUGUUUUUGUCCAACUCCCUCAUCAAUGCUUACGUAAGAGCUGGUGAUUUAACGUCUGCAGGAAAAUUGUUCGAUGAAAUGCCUGAGAGGAAUUCAGUUACGUGGGCCUGCUUGAUUUCAGGAUAUAACCAAAAUGGGAUGCCCAAUGAGGCCUGUGAGGCUUUUAAAGAGAUGCUUUGUACAAGUUUUUGCCCAACUCAUUAUGCCUUUGGUAGCGUUCUUCGAGCUUGUCAGGAGCUUGGGUCCUGCGGGCUUCAAUUUGGUUUGCAAAUUCACGGGUUGAUUGCAAAAUCUCGAUAUUCGUUUGAUGUUGUUGUGUGUAAUGUGCUUAUGUCAAUGUACGGGAGUUGUUUGGGGAGCAUUGCUGAUGCUCGUCGCAUUUUUGAUGAGUUACAGGUUAAAAACUCAAUAUCUUGGAACUCUAUUAUAUCAGUUUAUUCACAAAGUGGGGAAGCAGUGUCUGCCUUUCAGCUGUUCUCAAGGAUGCAACAAGAGGGUAUUCGGUUCAGUUUCAAGCCUAAUGAAUAUACAUUUGGGAGUUUGAUAACUGCUGCUUGUUCUUCCAUGGAUUUUGGUUUAAGUUUGCUCCAGCAAAUGCUUAGUAGGAUUACAAAAUCUGGGUUUGUUUCAGAUCUUUAUGUGGGUAGUGCUUUAGUAAGUGGGUUUGCAAGGUUAGGUUUAUCUAACUAUGCUAUGAAGAUUUUUGGGCAGAUGAGUCAGAGAAAUGCAGUCUCUAUGAACGGUUUGAUGGUUGGAUUGGUAAGGCAGAAAUUUGGUGAAGAAGCGGCUGAAGUUUUUAUGGAGAUGACAAACUUGGUUGAUAUAAAUUUUGAUUCUUACGUUAUUCUGUUAAGUUCUUUUGCUGAAUUUUCUGCAUUAGAGCAAGGGAGAAGAAAAGGUAGAGAGGUUCAUGGAUAUUUGAUUCGUAGGGGCUUAAAUGAUGCUGUGGUUGCAAUUGGAAAUGGGCUUAUUAACAUGUAUGCUAAAUGUGGUGAUAUUGUUGCUUCUACUUCUGUUUUUAGACUUAUGCUUAAUAAAGAUUUGGUCUCUUGGAAUACCAUGAUUUCUGGUCUUGACCAGAAUGAGUGUUUUGAAGAUGCUGUCACAAGCUUCUGUGCAAUGAGAAGAACUGGAUUAAUGCCUUCGAAUUACACUGUAAUAAGUGCUUUGAGUUCCUGUGCAAGCUUGGGCUGGAGCAUGCUUGGACAACAAAUACAUGGUGAAGGUAUGAAAUUGGGACUUGAUGUGGAUGUUUCAGUUUCAAAUGCUCUUCUAGCAUUAUAUGCCACUAUUGGAUGUCUUUCUGAAUGCAAGAACAUUUUCUCCUUGAUGCUGGACCAUGAUCAAGUUUCUUGGAAUUCUGUGAUUGGAGCAUUAGCUGAUUCAGAGUCUUCGGUUUUAGAAGCAGUUAAGUACUUUUUGGACAUGAUGCGUACUGGGUGGGAUCCUAACAGAAUAACCUUUAUUAACAUUCUUGCGACAGUAUCGUCUGUUUCACUCAGUGAAUUGAGCUGUCAAAUACAUGCUCUAAUAAUUAAAUACCAUCUUGCACAUGACAGUUCCAUUGAGAAUGCACUUUUGGCUUGUUAUGGAAAAUGUGGAGAGAUGGAUGAAUGUGAGAAGAUUUUUUCCAGGAUGUCUGAGAGAAGAGAUGAAGUUAGUUGGAAUUCCAUGAUUUCUGGUUAUAUACAUAAUGAGCUCUUGCACAAAGCUGUGAAUUUAGUCUGGUUUAUGAUGCAGAGGGGUCAGAAAUUGGAUGGUUUCACCUUUGCCACUGUUCUGAGUGCCUGUGCUUCAGUUGCAACAUUAGAGCGUGGCAUGGAAGUUCAUGCUUGUGCGGUAAGAGCUUGUUUAGACUCUGAUGUUGUAGUUGGAAGUGCAAUUGUUGAUAUGUACUCCAAAUGUGGAAGGAUAGAUUAUGCUUCAAGAUUUUUUAGUAUGAUGCCAAUAAGGAAUGUCUACUCUUGGAAUUCAAUGAUAUCAGGCUAUGCACGCCAUGGGCGUGGAGAAAAAGCUCUCAAGCUCUUUACACGUAUGAAGCUAGAUGGUCAAUUACCAGAUCAUGUAACCUUUGUUGGGGUCUUAUCAGCUUGUAGCCAUGGGGGAUUGGUUGAUGAAGGAUUUACCCAUUUUAACUCUAUGACAAAAAUGUAUAGGUUGGCUCCCAAGAUGGAGCACUUUUCAUGUAUGGUCGAUCUCCUUGGGCGGGCUGGUGAACUUGAUAAGAUAGAAGAUUUUAUCAAUACCAUGCCAAUGAAGCCUAAUGUUCUUAUUUGGAGGACAGUCUUAGGGGCAUGCUGCCGGACAAAUGGUGACAAGACAGAGUUGGGUAGGAAGGCUGCUGAGAUGCUCUUUGACUUGGAACCUCAAAAUGGUGUGAACUAUGUGCUUCUUGCUAACAUGUAUGCUUCUGGGGGAAAGUGGGAAGGUGUAGCAGAGGCUAGGGUGGCAAUGAGAAAGGCUGUAGCAAAGAAAGAAGCUGGUUGUAGUUGGGUUACAAUGAAAGAUGGUGUCCAUGUAUUUGUGGCAGGUGAUAAAUCACACCCUGAUAAUGAUAUGAUCUAUGCAAAACUCAAGGAACUUAACCGAAAGAUGAGGGAUGCUGGAUAUGUGCCACAGACAAGAUUUGCAUUGUAUGACUUGGAACCAGAGAGUAAAGAGGAACUCCUGAGCUACCAUAGUGAAAAACUUGCAGUCGCUUUUGUUCUCACACGCAAUUCUGCAUUACCUAUUAUGAUAAUGAAAAACGUUAGGGUUUGUGGUGACUGCCACAUUGCCUUCAAGUAUAUAUCAAAGAUUGUUGGUAGGCUAAUUGUACUACGGGAUUCGAAUAGAUUUCAUCAUUUUAAUGAUGGUAAGUGUUCAUGUGGAGAUUACUGGUGACAGACUGGUCAGGCUUGAUUUGUCCUUGGAGGAUUAUGGCAUUGCAUGCUGUGGCUCAACACUUCAGAGAGGAAUAUCAUAAAUUUGGUUUAAUUUGCCUAUGAAUAGUCCAUGCUAGAGUUUGAUAUGUGCUGAAUAUUUAACAGUUGGGAGAAAUAUGAAAUUAGUUAGUUGGUUCUAAAACUUCAAUGAAGCAAGAAUUUGAUAUGUCUGAUCUUGGGGAGAUGAAUUACUUUCAGGGAUUGGAAACUGGACAGCUUGAGUCUGGAGUUUAACAUGUGUUGGAAAUUCUUUCAAAAUGGUCCACUACAAACCAGAAGGAAUCUCAAAUGAAAAAUUUUCAGUGUAUGAUAAAGCAGACAUGGCAGAACCAGCAAUGUACAGAAGCUUAAUUGGAAGGUUAUUGUAUCUUUGUGCUUCCAGACCAACUAUCAUGUUCACUGUCAGAUGCUUUCUAUUUUUAUGCGGUGUCCUUCCUAACUUCAUUUCACAGCUGCAAAUACAGUGUUAAGAUACUUGAAGCGUACAAUGGAUUAUGGUCUAAUAUAUGAGCAUCAGAACACUAUCAAGCUUGUUAGUUACUUAGAUAAUGACUGGGCAGGAAGUAUUGAUAACUCUAACCAGGAAAUAAGAGGUAGUAGCUCAAUCAUCAGCUAAGGCAGCAUAUG